GCACGGUCGCAGUGUGAGGCAAAAAUACAGGCAGAAUAAAGAACUGUAUAAAUGAUUAUGAUAAAGCAGAUAUUCAGCGUUUUCCUGCUCCUGCUGUGUCUGUAUGAGCACAGAUAUGAUUCUCCUGUGUGUGUCAGAUGUCAGAAGCAGGACUAAUGGCUAGAAUAAACAGGACAUUUGUGCUGACUCUCCUCAUCGCUGCGAGCUCCAUAUUCCUCCUCUUCCAGCUCUUCAACUACAGACAGUAUUCAUCAAAGAAUGGACUUAACGCAUUGAGUAGUAAAGGAUAUCUGUCCGGAAAAGAGGCACAUUGGGUGAACUGUCAUUUGCUAAUAUUUUGUCUCGUUUUUUUUUUUUUUUUUUUUUUGGAAUUCCUGGGGCUGGUCCAUAAGUUUAAAUUGCCUGUGUUUCUGGUAGACACGGCAUCUCUGAACCUCCUGUCCCAGGAUGCAGUUCUCUACAGGGACAGUCAGCUGAAAGAACCCCACUGCAGUUUCCUCUGCACACACAGGGACUUCACCACCUUUGCACUUCUCGGAAACCUCUGGAAAUAUGAUGCCGGUUUAUUGGAUGCAGCAGCAGAGCGAGGUCUGGAGCUGCUGGAGAUUCAUGGCAAAGACCCCAGACUGAUCAGCAUGGAUGAUCUGACAGCAAAAGAAAUACCACUGCACUUCCUGUUCCGCUUUAACAGCCGUCUGGUUCAUGUGGUCGUUCUAUACGAGCGCAGUGGGAAGUACCUCUGGCAUGGCCCUCUCAGGCUGAGAAGCAGUAUGGACAGGACAUUCGCCCCUUUCGGAAAACUGGACUUUGGCCGUCAUGCUGGGGCCUAUGACAGGCCAGAGCUCAUUCUAACCACUCUUGAUGGGCUUGACGUAAGAAUCCCCAAAAACUACUCUCGUUUCCUCCAUGAGCAUUCCAGCAGUCGCUUUCUGGAGUGUCACUGCAGAGAAGCCAAGGCCUUUUACCAGCUGUAUCCAGAAGACACCUCUACAGAGGCUAUGGACUUUAGGAUGAGGGCUAAAAGUCUGCUUCAUCUUGCUUCCAAAGUCCUCUCUGUGCUUGGAGUUCCGUUCUGGCUCAGCAGUGGAACCUGUCUUGGUUGGUACAGGCAGUGUAACAUCAUUCCUUACAGUAAAGACGUCGAUCUGGGCGUUUGGAUAAAAGAUUACAGGCAUGACAUCACUCAGGCGUUUCAGAAGGCUGGUCUCCCACUGAAACACAAGUUUGGGAAGGUUGAGGAUAGUUUGGAGCUCUCCUAUCUGGGGAAUGAUGUGAAACUGGACAUUUUCUUUUUUUAUGAUGAAGGUGACAUUGCCUGGAAUGGAGGCACACAGGCAAAGAGUGGCAAAAAAUUCAAAUAUGUGUUCCCACGAUUCAGUCUGUGUUGGACUGAGCUGAUGGAGCUAAAGGUCAGAGUUCCCUGCGAAACCGGGGACUAUGUGAUGGCCAACUAUGGACCUAACUGGAAUGUUCCUGUGAAAACCUGGGACUGGAAGACCUCUCCGUUCAACGUACAGGAGAAUGGUGUGUGGCCUGUGAGGGAAUGGGAUGAUGUCAUUCAAGUUUACUGAAGCAUCAUGGGAGUUAAAGUAUUUAGUUAUGCUCCAGUUAAUAUGUAUGGGUCAUUGCAGUUACCCUAAGCUACUACAAAGUCGAAAGUAAACCCCUAUGGAAAAUGUUUCAGUGUUCCUUAAAAUUCUGCAGACAUUGACUGCCUUUGUAACACUAAGAACAUUGAAAACAUUAGAAAUAUUAAUGUGGUGAAGAGAUUUGUUUUAUUAAU